GCCGUCUCUCUCGGAAGUUAUCAAUUCAAAGACCUUAGCGGAGAUACCGGGAUGUGUACGGAUGUCAAUGGGAAAGAAAAAGGUGACUUGUUCUCUAACUUCAGCAGCCUCCUGCGUUCAGCAAGUUGAGAGGUUGAUGAAACUUUUUUUUGAAUGAGAGUCCCGCCGCUGGCUGCCACAUCUGGAUUCGGGAUUCUCGGAGCUGUCAAGUCCAGAGCCAACGUUUAUCCGGACCUGAACUCACCCUGCUCUUCUGUUUUGUACUUCCCGAACUUCGAGGCGGAGUAUUGGACUUUUAUCUUUAAUAUACUUUCUUCAAACAGUGUUUUUUUUUAUGAUUUUGAGGCACGAAAUGGAAAAGUCAUUCCUCAGAGUAGCGUGCGUCUUUGUGGUUAUCUGUCUCAUGGAUGAAAGGGUAGACUCCAACGAGAUCCUGGGCCUGAAGCUCCCCAACAUCGACCCAAUCCUGAACGCCAACACAGUGUGUCUCACUCUGCCGGGUUUGACGCGGCGCCAGCUGGAGGUGUGCAUGCGGAACCCGGACGUGACGGCUUCAGCAAUCCAGGGAAUCCAGAUUGCCAUCCAUGAGUGCCAGCACCAGUUCAGAGGGCACCGCUGGAACUGCUCCAGCCUGGAGACGAGGAACAAAAUACCUUACGACAGCAUAGUCUUCAAAAGAGGUUUCAGAGAGAGUGCCUUCGCGUAUGCCAUAGCAGCAGCAGGCGUGGUACAUGCGGUGGCCAACGCCUGCUCCAUGGGUAAACUGAAGGCGUGCAGCUGUGAUGAGAAACGGCGAGGGGACGAGGAGGCCUUCCGCAUCAAACUGCACCGUUUGCAACUGGAGGCCAUCCACAGGGGGAAGGGGAUGGUACAUGGUGUCAUGGAGCACUUCCCUGCUGAUCUGCCUGGACCGCAGGACUCCUGGGAGUGGGGCGGCUGCAGCCCCGACGUGGAAUUCGGAGAGAAGUUCUCGAGGGACUUCUUGGAUGCUCGUGAAACCUACAAGGACAUCCACGCCCGUAUGAGGCUGCAUAAUAACAGAGUUGGGAGACAGGUGGUACUCGACCACAUGAGAAGGAAAUGCAAGUGCCACGGGACAUCCGGGAGCUGCCAGCUGAAGACCUGCUGGCAGGUCACCCCAGAGUUCCGGGUGGUGGGCUCAAUCCUCAAAGAGCGGUUCCACAUCGCCACGCUUAUCAAGGCCCACAACCGAAACACCGGGCAGCUCGACCACUCCCACCACAACAACCACCACAACCAUCACAACCACCACAACCACCACCACCACCAUCACCAUCAUCAGAACAACCACCACAAUCACCACCAUCACUCACACCGACGGCGGCCGAGCAUCAAUGAACUGGUCUACUUUGAAAAGUCACCAGAUUUCUGCGAGCGGGACCUGGGGUCGGAUUCGGCAGGCACACAGGGCCGGAUCUGCAACAAGACCAGCCCUGGCAUGGACAACUGUGAGAGCCUGUGCUGCGGGAGAGGCCACAACAUCCUGCAGCAGACACGGAGUGAACGCUGCAACUGCAAGUUUCACUGGUGCUGCUAUGUGGUGUGUGAAGAGUGCCGAAUAACAGAGUGGGUCAGUGUCUGUAAAUGAAGAAACACACACUAAGAGACUAAACACAAUACAGAGAACAAAGAGAAAGACAUUUUAAAAUAAAGACUUCUAAUUUGAAAGGGGAAUAUGACUGUAAUACAUGUGCCCCAUACCUUUUUGCAGUGGACUGCUGUUUUUCCAGGAGUGUGAAGCAGUUGAGCCAGCAGAAAGAUAGAAGGUUAUGGCUGAAUGCAUGUGCACAAGCGGCAUAUGUCGAAAGCUGCCAUAAGUGAUAGAGCAUGGAUGUUUACUGCCUUCCUAUUGGAAAAAGGAACAAAGUUCUAUCAGAUAAAUGUCUGAAAGCUCCUUGUCGGACAUUUGGGCUCUGAACUUCACAAGUUAUUGUUGCUUCAUUAGCAUAUGCAGCAUGAUAUAUUGCUGCAUGUCAUUCAGGUGAGCAAGGAGGAACUCGAGAGUGAGGAUGAGAUUGCAUGCAGAGAGAAAUAAUAUUGCUUCAUAGCAAUAGUAAUAUAUAAGUUGAAAAGACUGAUGCCUCUCAUGAAACUUUAAAAAAUGAGGAAAACA